AUGAGAACGAAACCGAAGCCUGGCUGUUUUGAUACGGCCCCUGAGUUUGACUGUCUGAAGGCUCUCAGGGAAAUCUCUCUCAAUGAGAAGCUCGUGGCCUUUGUCGAAAAAGCUCAUUUAGCGAUUCAGGAAGGAGGUUGUUUCAAUCAACGGGAUAGCUUUAAAAGAUCUCUCCUUCAUUACGCUGCUAUGGGCAACUGUACCAACUUGCUUUAUUAUCUCUUGCAAAGCAGGCGAAAUAUUGAUUCUCGUGACCAAUGGGGGCGGACGCCACUCUCCUGGGCUGCUGAGUACGGCUCAUUGGAAGUUGCGAAAAUUCUACUGGAGCGAGGAGCAAACGUCAAUGCAUUGGAAUCUGAGGAUGGCACACCUUUGACAUACCUGAUGUACGCCGGCAACCCUGAAAUUGGAAGGCACAAGGACACUGAGGCGUACCUUAGAGAUAGAGGCGCGAAGGAAGGGAGAUUGCGAGGUAUCAAGCUCGCCUGGGUCUGGGUUUUGACUUAUUCCCACUUACUCCGACACGUUCGCCCGCGUAUAUGA